ACCAGAUUUUCCUCGAGCACUGAAGAAACUCCUACACCAAAGCCAUGAUGUUGAACGCUCCCUCUGAGACCCAUCCGGGACCCUCGGACAUGACACUGCGACUUGACAACGGAGAGGUCAUAUACGCCCACAAGCGCAUCUUGAGUCAACAAUCACUAGUCUUCAAAGCCGCCUUCCUCGGCGGCUUCGCAGAUGUCACCGAAUACGGCAUUGAAGACCACGAGCCCGAAACAGUGUAUACGAUGAUCAAACACAUCUACGGCCCCCACAACGAUGCAGAGUUUCAAGCAAAACCCUCACAAGAGUUGUUGAAGAUUUAUCUGAUUGCAGAUGAGUAUCAGAUUACAUCUCUGAGUAAGAGAGUAACGGAUAUCGUUUGGAAGAGGCUGGACGAAAAGAGCGUUGAUGAUGCAUGUGUUGAUCUUUUCGAGCCGAUCGUCAACCAUACUAUGUUGAGUCUCGGUAUGAUACGUGUGAGGAUACUGGAUGGUUUCCUCGAUUGCUGGCGAAGAGACUCGGAAGAAGUCUAUCGACGGAGAAGGCAUUUCGACGAAGUGUUCGGAAUUGCACGGUAUGUCUUUCGAACCGACAUUGCGAUAAGUGCGUCCAACGCUGGUCGGCCAGCUUCUCCAUAG